AUGGGCAUUCCCGUCAAAUUCUCAGACUGGAAGUCUAGUGAUGAGUUCGUUCCCGAAUCAGAGAACCUCAACAUCGAGAUGGACACCAAUGUCACAAUCUGCUCUCAGUCAAACUAUUGGGGUAUUGCUCCGGCCGACGUGGUCCCUGCGAGGUUGUUUAUAAAGGCUGGCCCUAAGCCGUCGAAUGGUUUGUUCCAGAUCAAGAAAGGUGAUCGGCAUAAGAAUCGUUACCAAAUUUUCUUUUGUCCUGACGGUUACGACUGCACGAGAGUCGGAAUUACUUAUGGCCGAGAUGACCGGCCUUUGGCUUUAAACGCUACGUCAUAUGAGGUUGUGUUCGUGAAAGCUACUGAGCCAGAGACUUCGUCCAGGACUAUGCCUAUUAUCUGA